AUGGGACCCUUCAGCCUCGCUUGGUCGCUGUUGACCUCGCCUCUGCUGAUCCUCGCGACCAUCUCCGGUACUCUGACUUUCUACAUCCUUGCUGUCGUUUUCUACCGCCUCACCUUCCACCCGCUUGCAAGAUACCCUGGCCCGCCCCUCGCCAAGAUCACAGACAUCUACCUCACCUACUACGCCUACAAAGGCUCGCGACACCUCGCUUUCCACAAUGCACACCUCCAGUAUGGGCCGUACGUGCGUCUGGGGCCGAACUUGCUGUCGGUCAACACAGCCACGGGUCUGAAGACCAUCUACGGCUUCCGGUCCAAUGUGCGAAAGGCUUCCUUCUACGAGGCGUUCCCCAGCACAAAAGCUGCUGUCAGCGUGCACUCGGCCAUCGACAAGAAGCAGCAUGCGCGCAAGAGGCGCGUUAUGAGCAGUGCGUUUAGCGAUGCUGCGAUCCGCAAUCUGGAGAAGUACAUCAUCGCCAACGUGCGCGUUGGGUGCGACCUACUCGGCCGCAGGGCUGGCGGUGGCGCAGACGAUGAAAAGUUUGUAAACGGGCAGGGGUGGAACGGUGCAUGGAACGCGGCGCAUUGGUGUGAGUGGUUGGUGUUCGACAUUAUGGGGGAUCUGGUAUUCGGCAAGGCAUUUGGUAUGUUGGAGAGUCCUGUAAACAGGUUCGCCACGCAAUUGGUCGGCAAUGCGGCGCACAGGCAUUUGAUCUGCGGCACACAUCUUACCAUCCACAACUGGCAUCUCGACAAGCUCUUCUUCCGCAAGAUCGCCGGCCAGCGUGCACAGUACAUGCAGUACAGCAAGGCACAUGCCAUGGAGCGUACCAAACUCGGCCUCGAAGCUGAUCGCAAAGACUUCUUCUACUAUCUGCUGAACGCCAAGGAUGCAGAGACUGGAGAGGGCUUCAACAUGAACGAGUUGUGGGGCGAGUCGAACCUGUUGAUCAUCGCCGGCUCAGACACCACCUCGACCGCCAUGUCUGGAACGUUCUUCUACCUUGCACAAAACCCCAACGUGUUGGCAAAGCUGUGCAAGGAGAUUCGUGACACGUUUUCAGACGUCGAGGAGAUCGUCACCAGCCCAAAGCUGAGUAGCUGCUCGUACUUGAAGGCCUGCAUCGACGAGACGAUGCGCAUGACGCCUCCGGUUGCCGGUGCUCUUCCACGUCAAGUCCUUCCGGGUGGCCUGGAGAUCGACGGCAAGCACAUUCCAGCUGGUGUCGAUGUCGGCGUGCCAAUCUACGCCAUCCACCACAACCCCAAUUACUACCCCCAGCCGUUCGACUAUAUUCCUGAGCGCUGGCUCGCGGACCCAACGGCUAACCCCAUGCACAACAGACUGCCCGAUGCACAGUCAGCAUUCAACCCCUUCAGCAUCGGCCCACGAGGAUGCAUCGGUAAGGGUUUAGCAUACGUCGAGUUGACCGUUACCAUUGCGCGGGUGUUGUAUCUGUACGACUUGAGGCUCGCUCCAGGAACGACGCUGGGUGCUGGCAAUAAAGACCUGGAGGUUGGGAGAACAAGACCGACUGAGUAUCAGAUUCAGGACGUAUUCGCCAGUAAGAAAGAUGGACCCAUGUUGCAAUUCCGGGCGAGGCUUUGA